AGGCUAGUUACUCGAUUCAUCUUUAUCCAUAGGCACUCAAAUAACUAUUGUUCUUUUGCACAUUGAUCAUGCCAUGAAAAAUGAAAUCAACUAUAUGAAGAUAUCCCUCAUUUUGUUGUUUCACAUUCUUUUCCACUUGAUAUGCUCUCUUCCCCACCAUUUUUUAAUACUGCAACAAGGAUGAGAGAAGGAACAAAGUAUUUACUAAAAUAAUGUAAAGGGGCAUCUCAAGAGAUAUAUCAUAGACAUCUAUGUUGGAUUUGUGUUGUGUCGAGAUAUAUCACCCUUAGUUGAAUGUUUGUUCAUCACAAAGUUGAAAAUGGAGUUAUGUGAAGUUAGAGAAUUCUUCGCUCAAAUUAUUUCCAGGGGACAGUACACUGAAAGAGCGGCUGCAGUUGUGACUCAUACAAUUGUUGAAGUCAUACAGGAAUGGCUUUCAAAACCUGAGGAAAUUUCCGCCACAUUACAAUUCGUCGAUAUCUGCAAGUCUUCCAAGAAGAAGACCCAUUAUUUUCUCCGAAAAGAGCGGAAGACUUUUGACACAUCGAUCUUUUCACUUUUUUUCUCGUGGUGA